AUGGAGGGUGUUGUGUUGUCGUCUGAUCAAACCACACACCAAGCGGUUCGAUCUGUGAGUCUUCCAUCAAGAAUCUAUCCCCUCUCUGUUAAACUCAGAGCAGCCUUGAACCGGCUCAGUAUCUGGCAGAGAUCUUCUUCCUCGAUCUCUGUUUCCGCUUCUUUUGGGUCCGAGACGCUUCUCGUUGGACUUGUGAACCUCACCGAGCUCUACAGCUGCAUCCAUGAGCUUCUUGUGUCCCCUUACCUGAAACACACUCUUCUUCAUCACCAGAAAGGGAAACUUCUAGAAGAUCUUUUAGAUGGAUCCGUUGUGCUGCUCGAUGUGUGUGAGGCUGCAAGGGAGGUGAUUGUAGCGAUGAGAGAGCACGUGACGAAACUCAAAUCAGCUCUUCGUAGGAAAGGUAGCGUAGAGAAGGAGGUUAAAGCAUCUGUUAACUUGCGGAAGAAGGCAAAGAAAGACAUCUCUAAACACAUCAUUGCACUUAAGAAAAUGGAAACUGGAGUUGUUUCAACGAACAUAGAUCAUGAUCCAGCGAUGGCAUCUACGAGUGUUCUGAGAGAGACAAUCGAAAUCUCUGUGUCUAUUUUCAGACAUCUUUUGCUGUUCCUAUCGACAAUACCACCAUCACCAUCUCCAGCAAAGAAAAUAAAGAACAAGAUUGGGGUUUUUUCGAUUCCUUUUGCAUCAUCGUCAUUAUCAGAUAAAUAUCUGGAUCAGAUCAAAGGAAUGAAAAGUCUUGAUGAUAUUUGGGGUUCUAUUGUGGAUUCGAGAAGAACCUUUGUUGGAGUCGAGACGAUGCAAAACGAGAAGAAGAAGAGGAGAGAUGUUGUUGAAGAGAGUUUUCGUGAUCUGGAGACAGAAUUGGACUCUGCUUUCAAAUGUUUAGUCAAAAACAGAGUUUUGUUCCUCAACAUCCUUAGUAACUGUUGA